AUGGCACAUAUACCCGAAAUCGCGACCUCGGUAGAGAGGGAGAGUACUACCAUAGAAGUGCUUAAGGAUGAGGAGAAGGACCCAGAAAAGAUAAACGAAACCGCCAUUAGCGACAAGAGCAGUGUCGCCGACGGCGAGGUUCACGAAGAUGCGGCUCCAGAGUACACCGAAGAACAAUACAAGCAGCUGAAGAAGAAGGCCGAUAGAUAUCUACUUCCGCUGAUGUGGCUCUGCUAUGGCAUCCAGCAGACAGACAAGACGUCGAUCGGAACACAGGCUACCUUUGGUCUGAGAACAGAUACCGGACUUCAGGGGCAGCAGUACUCGUGGCUCACGACCAUCUUCUAUAUCACCUACAUGAUCUUCGAGUUCCCGUCCAACAUCAUCCUACAGCGCUACCUCAUGGGCCGUACGCUAUCGUGCUACAUGAUUUGCUGGGGCGUCGUCGUGCUGUGUAUCGGGUUCGCCCAGAACUUUACGCAGCUCAUCACACUGCGCGCUCUGCAGGGAAUGUUCGAGUGCUGCAUCUCGCCCGGUUUCAUCCUCGUUGUCGGGAGUUGGUACACGACUCGCGAGCACGCGUCCCGAUCCCUCGUCUUCCAGAGCGCAAACGCCGGCUUCGGUAUCAUUGCGCACCUGAUCCUGUACGGCAUCGGUUCGUUACAAUAUUCGCGCGGUCCCCAGUUUCAGGCUUGGAGAUAUAUGUCUUAUUUCCUUGGGAGCUUGACAAUCCUGGUAGGUUUUCUGUGCCUGUUCCUGCUUGGCACGCCGUCCGAAGUACGGUGGCUGUCGCCUGAGGAGAAGAAGAUAGCGAACGCGCGGAUCAGAACGAAUAACACGGGACACGACCGUACUGGUAUCAAGAAGUGGAAGUGGAAGCAAGCGCGCGAAUGCUUAGUCGACCCAACUUUUUGGUUUGCCGGACUCAACGCAUUCCUAAGCUCCGUGCCUAAUGGGGGUAUCACGACAUUCAGUGCUAUCAUCAACACCAACGCUGGGUUUACAAAUCUACAGGUAAUCCUGCUCGACAUACCACGUAGCUUAGCGUCUGUUCUGUGGUUCGUCUUGAUCGGCAUCAUUGUGAGCAGGAAGCAGAACCUACGGAUGUACUUCAUGAUGGCUUCCGUUGUUCCACCGGUGGCGGGCUUUAUCGUAAUGGCUACACUACCGAACGAGCCUCAGUACAAAUGGGCCAAAUGGGCAGGCUACUUCAUUACCGUGCCAUGCGUCGUGGGCCUCUUCCUAGCCUGGACCCUUAUCCCUUCGAACAUCGCCGGGCGAACUAAGCGAACGCUGACCUCGUCGUUUACCUUUGUCGGUUACUGCGUGGGCAACAUGGUCGGAUCGCAGAUCUUCCUUGCCAAGGACUCCCCACGAUAUGUCCCCGGAACCGUCGUAUGCGCCACCUGUUUCGCGCUGGAGUUCUUCCUGAUCGUCGCGUGGCGCGUCCUCCUCGUGCUGCGCAACCGCCGACGAGAGAAGGAGCUGCGGGACCAAGGGGUUACCGAGGAGCAGAGAGUGGAGAGGGGCAAGGAGCUUGGGGAGCAGGACUAUACCGAUUUUGAGAAUCCUUACUUCCAAUACACGAUGUAA